CGGUUACAUACGGUGUCCUGUCAGAACCCGGAAGUAUGUUCGAGCGCGUUAGAGGUUUCCUCAUACAGAUUUUCUCCUUGGAGGAGGGUCUUUGAGCAUAGUAGCAGAUCACUGUUCUCCCAUGUUUGUUUGUUUUACACAUACGAUAACAAACUUGGCCGUUUGUGUUCUCUGUCGCAAUGUUGUAAGACACCCGCAUGUUUUUGAUUAAAGGCAUGCCCAUCAGGCUGCUUCAAGGGAGGACGAACGAACUUCAGACACACUCAAAUGCUGAUGAUCAGUCCAAGAAUGGCUUCUGGAAUGCAAGAAAAACAGUACACCCCUUCUCUGCUUAGUUUUUUCAUCUACAACCCUAAGUUUGGACCACGUGAAGGAGAGGAGGAGAAAAAGAUCUUAUUUUAUCAUCCCUGUGAUGUGGAGAAAAAUGAAAAGAUUCGCAAUGUUGGACUCUGUGAGGCCAUUGUUCAGUUUACUAGGACCUUCUGUCCCACAAAGCCAGCAAAAUCUCUUCACACUCAGAAAAACAGACAAUUCUUCCAUGAGCCUGAGGGGAAUUUCUGGAUGGUCAUGGUCGUACGGAACCCAAUGGUAGAAAAACCCAGCAAAGAUGGAAAACCACCGACUAUAGAAUACCAAGAAGAGGAAAUUCUGGACACUGUUUAUGGUGCAGUAUUACAGCAGUGCUACAGCAUGUAUAAGCUUUUCAAUGGCACUUUCAUCAGGGCAUUUGAAGCUGGUGGAGUGGAGCUACUUACCCAAAAGCUUGAAAAGUUCUUCUACAGGUACAUACAGACACUGCACCUCCAGUCAUGUGACCUGCUGGAUGUGUUUGGAGGAAUCAGCUUUUUCCCCCUGGACAAAAUGACAUACCUGAAGAUCCAGUGUUUUGUCAACAGAGUGGAGGAAAGCUUGAAUUUGGUCAAAUACACUGCCUUUCUCUACAAUGACCAGCUCAUCUGGAGCGGGCUGGAGCAGGAUGACAUGCGUAUUCUUUACAAAUACUUGACGACAUCACUGUUUCCAAGGCACACCGAACCUGAGCUCGCAGGCAGGGACUCGCCUCUGAGACCGGAGGUGACAGGGAAUCUGUUGCACUAUGGCAGGUUUUUAACUGGACCAGCCAACCUAAAAGAUCCAGAUGCGAAAUUCAGGUUUCCAAGAAUAUUUGUGAACACGGAGGACAAUUACGAGGAGCUACAUUUGAUAGUUUACAAGGCCAUGAGUGCUGCUGUGUGCUUCAUGGUAAAUGCAUCAGUGGAACUGACGCGAGAGUUUUGCGAGCAGCUGGAUGCACUGGUCGGCCCUCAGCUCACACUGCUAGCCUCAGAUAUUUGUGAACAGUACAACAUCAACAAGAGGAUAUCAGGGCCAGAAAAGGAGCCCCAGUUUAAGUUCAUCUACUUCAACCAUAUGAACUUGGCUGAGAAGAGCACCAUCCACAUGCGCAAAACAGCUAGCGUGUCCCUCACCUCUGUCCACCCUGACCUCAUGAAGAUCCUUGGAGACAUCAACAGUGAUUUUGCACGGGUUGAUGCAGAUGAGGAAAUCAUUGUAAAAGCGAUGACUGACUACUGGGUAGUGGGCAAGAAAUCAGAUCAGAGAGAGCUAUAUGUCAUUUUGAACCAGAAGAAUGCCAAUUUAAUUGAAGUGAAUGAAGAGGUGAAGAGGCUUUGUGCAACACAGUUUAAUAACAUUUUCUUCUUGGAUUGAGGACGAUAAAAGAGAGACCGUGGGAUAUGGCCGCACUACAAACUGUCAGCUGUUCAUGUUUUAAUGACAGCAUCAGUGUAAUGCAAUAAUUGCAUUGUAAAAAUGAAUUUUCAUAUUAUGCAAUUUUUAAAAGAUUUUUAUUUAAUCUGUACAAAAAAAAGACUGCAUUCUUGUAAUUAAUUAGAAAAUUUAAAUCAAAAUUUUACUGUAUAUAUAAUAUCGACAUCAGCUUUUUGUUCCAUUUUCUUUUUAUUUCUGCUUAAUUUGACAGAAUGGUCAUAGCGUAAUUAAACUGUGCAUUAAUUGAAUCAGUUUAUAUUUAUGUCGUUUAAACUGUCGUUGAUGCUGUUAUGUCAUCUUCAUUAUAGUUUGUUAAGGUUUUCCACUUUUUUCAAUUGGCAUUAAAUUUUAAUUCACUCCA